AUGGCACUGUUGGUGUCAGCCCUGCAGUUGGUCUCAUGGCUCGCCGAACAGGCGCUGGCGUUAGCGCUGCACCUCGCUCCAGCUGCUGCGUCCCUCACGACCUUAAGUGCCAUCGUGUUGGUCUCGGCCUUGACGACGCAGGCACUGGAGCAUGGUAUGCUGGCGUCAAUGCACCGCUCCAAGUGGCGCAAGAACUCGCAUUACGGUGAUCUACGCCGCGACUUCUACCGCGGCUAUUGGCUGCUAACGCUGAUCUACGUGAUCGGAUCGGCACUGUGGAUUUAUUUCACCGAGAGGACUGGGUCUCGCGUCCUGUACGGGUCCAUCUUUUGCGUUCUGUGGUGGGGCGUUCAGCUAGCGAUGGUCGUGGCACUGACCCCGAUCGACGAGAUGCUGGCCAAAAUCAAGACGGCGAUCAAGUGGUGAAACGAGUGACGCAUCGAGGACAUACUGCGU